AUGUCAGAAAGAUAUACGCCUCUUCAUGAUGAGAAGCAUCUAGAAGAGGUUCAUGAGAGCAGCAGCUUUGGGCUGUACCUCUACAGACUCCUCCGGAGCAGCCCCCCGCGGCAGUUUCUUUAUUCCACGUCUUUGCUGCCCUCUCGAAUUCCCCAAACGUGCCCGGGUGCCGGGAACAGCUUGUCCGGGGAGAGCGGUGGGCGCAGCCUCCCGUGCCGUCACGCGUGUUGUGCACCUGUGAGGAAAAGAUCGGCCCCCAGCCCAGUUUUCCAGCUUCCUGAUGGAGUAAAUAUUUCUAAAGAAGCUCGGAGCGCAAUAUCUCGAGCGGCAAGUGUGUUUGUGCUCUAUGCAACAUCAUGUGCAAAUAACUUUGCAAUGAAAGGGAAGAGGAAAACACUGAAUGCUGGUGAUGUUCUCUCUGCCAUGGAGGAAAUGGAGUUUCAGCGAUUUGUAGCCCCUUUAAAAGAAUCACUGGAAGUUUACAGACGUGAACAGAAAGGAAAGAAAGAAGCAAGAAAAGAUAAAGAUAAGAAGGCAGACUCAGAAGAGCAAGAUAAGAGCCGAGAGGAAGAGAAUGAUGACGACGACGAAAGAAUGGAGGAAGAAGAGCAAAAUGAGGAGGAAGAGGUGGACAACUAAGCUUUCUGAUGAGACGUGUGCGGGAGUUGGGCUCUGUUCGUAGGGAUAUAAAUGCUGUAAAUCAAUUUUGCUGUGUCCCCUCUUGGUUUCCAGUAGAGCUUUGUACUGUUCCUCUGGGGCCCAUCCCCUUUUGGCUUUGACUUGUAUAUAAAGGACUUCUACAGCUUUUCUAGUGGAAGGACCACCUCCUCCCUGUGCACGUGGAACUUGGCGCUCUCGCCAGAUUCUGACCCAAACAGUAAUGACUGGGUAAAAAGACUGGGGUUCUUAUGCAGGGUUGGCUCUGAAAUACAGCAAAAGGAAAUGUUAGAUUCUCACUACAGAAACUGGUCGGGAGAACAUGAGGAAACUGUUGAAUAAGUUUGUUAAACCAAGUCGGAAGCUGAAUUGAGUAGGUUAUAACUUUUGAGUUACAGAAACUGCCUGAUGAUGUUAAGAGAGACACCUUCACGUCUCAAAAGCUGAACGUUUAAGAGUUUUAUCCAAGUGACUUCAUUUUCCCUUCAUUUUCUUGCCUUCUGGCUGCGCCUUCUCUUUCUGCUGUGACACUGAUAAUGUGGUUUACAACCUCACCAGUUGUAUGCAGUGAUACAGAACUGACUUGCUGCCCAGAAUCAAUCCAAAUCAAAAGAACUUCGCUGCAAUUAUAAUGUAAACUAAAUACCAAAAGUGCUUGUUUUAUAUCUUUUAAAGACCCUGGGAGACCAAGAGCAAUUUUAUUAAAAAUCUGAAGCAAAAUUAAGAGCUAAGAUGUGUUGUGUAUCAGCAAUGAUGCAACGUUGUAUCAAGUGGUACAUUUGUUGCAGGUCAGCAGAGGGCACCCGUGGAUCUGAUGGUCUCCCCACCUCUCCUCCCUUUGCAGAGUUGCAGUUCCUUCUGCAGACAGGUUGUGAUUGCAGCAAGUUUACAUGUGGUAUUAGAAUAGAUUGGUUGGGGGUUUGAGGGGGUUUUAUUUUUUCAAAUUGGAAUGGGCUAACUACAUUGAACUAAGGUCCUCCUUUAGCCUUUUUAGUACAAGCUACCCAAAGCUAUUCAAAAGAUGCAGUCUGCCUCCAGAUGUGAUGGGCUCUAGGAGUGCAGUGAGGACAGGAUGUUCCUACCUAGAAAGGCCAGCCUCCGGCCUUUGGUUUUUAAAUGCCUCUCUCAAGAAAGAUGGGUCAGCUGAUGAAUGGGUUCAAGCAAGCUGUUUGCAUUUCUAGCGUUCCUACGGUUUUGUUCUUUCAUACUGAAUUCUUAAGUUAUGACAACUUUUCUUUCUCCUCUGUGAGGAAAGCAUCUAGUCUAAUAAGCCCCUUUUAGGAAAAAAAAAAUGUUUUAUCAUUUGCUCAUUUAAAGGAUAAUAAACCUAAUAUUUGGACUUAAAUGAGCUCUGCUGAAGGAAACCUGAGGAAAAGUUUAGGUACAUCUAAGUAAACUCAACAGUUUGCUGACGCGCAGUUUAAAAGCGAGCACUUGUGUGGAGUGGUACGUCCUUUUCACUGUUUCUUCUGAAAAACUGAUGCAAAGCUUCCCACAAGAGUUACCCUACCUUUACAUUUUUAUGGCAUCAUGGUUUCCCGUCAUGCGGAAGCCCAGUUCAUGAAAAGAACUGGAUUGAAAGAGAUUUCUGCCAUCUAGCUUCGGCUGCCAUGCAGUCAAUAACGGCAGAAAAGACUGAAGUGUUGACAGGGUCUCCUGGAGGUCUCUUCUCUUUCCCCGGCCCCCCUUUUUUUUUCUCCCCUCUUAUAGUCCAUAUCUGGGGUAUAUUUUUUGGAAGGGAACAACAUUUGAAUAAAAGCCACGUUUUUCACAGAAAUGGAGUCAGUUGUUUCCGUCUGCUAAAGAAAAAAAAAUUGUUUGCCGUUGCAUAGGCACGCAUCUGAGCGUGCAGCAAAGACUGAAGCAAACUCAGUAUAAAGUUAGUUGCAGAGUAGAUAGCCAAGGACAGUAGCGUCUGCCCAAGGUACUGCAAUCUGGCUGGCGUCUCUGUGAGAGGAGCAAGGGAAGCGCCGAGACUAAAUAACGAGAAGAUUUCCGAUUAGCGAGGAAGUGAAGUUCUGGCGCUGCCGUCUGCAGGGCUGUAUCGCUGGGAGAAGGAGCCGUGGCCUUGGGGUCACCCUUGUACCCCGUUAAGACACCCUGGGCUGGGGGG